UCGAAUGAACCCAAGGAAGAACCCAAAGGACCAGAUUGUUGUGCUUUGUCGUGUCCAGACGAGCUUCAGAUUCCGCCAUCGCCAUCGCCGAUGCGGAAGCUCGGUUUUUCGCUCCCAAUCUAGACACAGUUGCUCCCGGGUGCGAAUUUACUGCGGUGAGCAUUGACAGACGCGGAUCAACGAUGGCGAGCGAGGGCGAGGAAGGGGAGGUGCCGUCGCAGCGAGACGCUGGCGCCGUGGCGUGGACCAUAUGGCAACUGAUCGAUUCCGUGCUGCCCACAGGUGGGUUCGCACACUCGUUUGGAUUAGAGUCUGCCGCGCAAGCAGGGUUAGUGUUCGACGCUCACACGCUGGAGAAGUUUGCCGUGACGGCGAUGGAGAAUACGGGAUCCCUGUUGCUGCCGUUCGUGUUUGCGGCAGUGGAGGGCCGGGUGAUGAGUUUGGAAGAGUGGAUCGGGUUAGAUUGCGCGUUGCACGCCGUCAUGUCGAACGGCGUGGCGAGAGCUGCGUCGGUGGGGCAAGGGAAGGCGCUGCUGCGGUUGGCAGGCGGGGUGUUUAAGGAAAUUGCUGGCGAAGUAGCGGCAAUGCGGGUGAGCGUGAUGGGGAAGCCACCGAGAGCUCACGGCCACCACGCGCUAGUGGUGGGGCGUCUAUUGGGGUUGCUGGGUGUGGACGCGAGCACCGCGCAGCGAGCGUACCUGUACCUCACUUUGCGAGACGUUUUGUCCGCGGCUACGAGAUUGAACCUCGUUGGUCCGAUGGAGGCGGCGUUGCUUCAGCAUCGCCAUGCGCAGCUCGCGGAGAGAGUCAUGGGGAAGUACGCGAAUAGGAGCGUGCACGAAGCGCAUCAAAUUGCGCCUCUGCUUGACACUCUGCAAGGAUCGCAGACUCUGCUGUUCUCUCGUCUGUUCUGCUCGUAAUGCAUUGCGAACGUUCAGGAAGUAGAUCGUCUGAUAAUCGACCACCAGGCUUCCUUUGGAGCUUCAUCUCAUUCGAAGAGCGUGUCGCGAAUUGCAAGUAUCAAACAUCAUCAUAUCUCUCUCUCUCUCUCUCGCUCGCUCGCUCUCACAGAUUGAGUUACGCAAGAAUAUGGACAUUUUUACGACAUUCUUUUUGCGCCUUGCUAGUCCUCAGUGGAAAAAUUGCGUGGAGUUACAUCUCCCGAGUAGUGGAUUGUGCUAGGUCAAGUUCGUAGAGGAUAGUGUUCUCCAUUCGAAACGAGCUCCAUAGCCUGGCGGACGUCCCUCGAGAGCUGUAAGUGCAUAGAUCGUGUGAAAGAGAAAUCGAAUGAAGCAAAUUCCUUUCGCAACUAAGCCGAUUCUCGAGAAGAGCGGGUUGUAUAGGAGACGAAUUACGCACAUUCAGGAAUGGCCUCUGCUCUACACGGCAGCAUGUGAUACAUGCGUCGAAUUUCAUGUGCAAGGCAACAUUUACUAUCCAUCUGUGACUUCACGAAAAAUACCUUUCCUGUGAGGUGCAGUGUUGUA